AUGUUAACACAAUCGUGUAAAUGUGAUUUGAAGGAUUGCACUUGUUGCAAAGAAUGCUUUAACUGUCUCAGUUACUUGUAUAGUGAAUGUUGCAGUUGUGUUGAUAUGUGUCCAAAACCCAAUGACACUGCAACGGAGCUAUCCAAGUCGUCAUAUGUUGAAGAAUUACCGGACAAUGUGCCCGGUUUAUUUGCAGCACUUACUGGUGAUGCUGAUCCUCAGCAAAGGUGGCUCUCUAUAACCUAUCCUGUUGAUAUAGACAUAUCAGCAUAUCGGCCUGCGUCUGAAAGACAGUUAGUGUAUCAUCUACAGAGCGUGGAACAAGAAUCGGAGCCAGUGAGUCGGGAUAUAGUUACAUUUAACUGUACCGUAGCUUAUAUGUCACAGUGUAUGUCGUGUGACAAGUGUAGAGCAUCAUGCAGAUCAAUGGGAUCCAAUAGUUUCAGAUGGUUCCACGACGGAUGUUGCGAGUGCGUGGGCGAUAAAUGUUUAUAUUACGGGAUCAACGAGAGCAGAUGCCUCGCGUGUCCCGGGGGGAAGGAGACGCCCGAAGUUGAUGACGAUUUAACGUACGACGAUUUCGAUUAUGGUGAAGAAGUGGACGCACAAUCAGUUUGA